GGCUGAGCACAAGCAUCCUGGGAGCUUGUGUGACAGGAUCUCUGGAGGGAAUGGCUUUCCUUUCCCUGGCAGUGCCGUUGGGAGCUGCCUGCCUACCUGGAGUCCCUCCACAGACAGCACUGCCUGCUGUGCUGCUCCCAGGUGCCAAGGUGAGCGUGGUGUGCCCGGCAGUUUCCCUAAGCACUGUGGGUGCUGUGGAGUUCUCCCCUGCAGAGCUGGUGAGGCUGUGUCUCUUCUGCCUGGUUUUAAAGCAGCCCUUCCUAGCUUGCUUCUGGAGGUGGUGGGCAGAACCAGGCCAGCACCGAGCCGGGCCGGAUGGGUGGCACGGCAGGGCCGGGGCCCGGGGACCCGCGGGGCGGCUGAGCUGGCCCAUGGCGGGCGCGGGCGCCUUGGCGUGGGCCACGUUUCCCGCCAUGCCCACGCGGCGCGUGUACUGCAGCGCCGCGCACCGCGACGGGCAGCUCUUCGUGCUGGGCGGCUGCGGCAGUGGCGGCCGGGCCCUGGGUGCCGCCGAGGUGCUCGACCUCACGGCCCAGCGCUGGACGUCGCUCCCGCCGCUGCCCACGCCGCGGGCCGGCGCCGCUGCCCUCGCUCUGGGCAAGCAGAUCCUGGUGGUGGGCGGCGUGGACGCGGCGCAGAGCCCCCUCGCCUCCGUCGAGGUCUACCACGUGGAUGAGGGCAAGUGGGAGAAGAAGGCGGCGCUGGCCCAGCCCUCCAUGGGCAUCUCAGCCGUGCAGAGAGAUGGGGCUGUCUAUGCGCUGGGGGGAAUGGGUGCAGACACCUCUCCCCAGGCGCUGGUCCGUGUCUACGAGCCGGCAAAGGACCACUGGCAGCCCCUGCCCUCCAUGCCCACUCCCUGCUACGGGGCCUCUGCCUUCCUGCAGGGCAACAAGAUCUUCAUCCUGGGGGGUCGGCAGGGAAAGCUGCCCGUCACUGCCUUCGAGGCCUUCGACCUGGAGACGAAGAGCUGGACGCGCUACCCCAGCGUGCCGAGCCGCCGCGCCUUCGCUGCCUGCGCCAUGGCUGACGGCGUCAUCUUCAGCCUGGGGGGGCUGCAGCAGCCAGGGCCCCACAACUUCUAUUCCCGUCCCCACUUUGUCAACACCGUGGAGAUGUUUGAUCCUGCACAAGGUGCGUGGAGCAAGCCGAGCCGCACCAUCCGCAUGAGGGAGAAGAGAGCUGACUUCGUGGCUGGCUGCCUGGGAGGAAGAGUGGUGGCUGUGGGUGGCCUCGGUAAUGCCAGGGGGAACCAGUCCUGCCCUCUGGAUUCAGUGGAAGGGUUCAGCCUCUCGCAGAAGAAGUGGGAGCCGCUGCCCCCCAUGCCCACCGGCCGCUGCUCCUGCUCCAGCUGCCCAGCACCCAGCCUGCUCUUCGUCAUCGGCGGCGUGGCCCAGGGCCCCAGCGCUGCCGUCGAGGCUCUGUGCCUGCGUGAGGCAGCCUGAGCAGGGCCCCAGGGCCCAGCCCCGGCUGAGCACCAAGUGCCUGAAGACGGGGACAGGGUGUGUAAGCACGAGCGCGUAUGGGUGGCCCGGCUCUGGGGAGCUGCUCUCCUGUGACGCCGGGUGCCGGAGCAGCCCUGGUUUCUCGCCGUGCACUGCUGUGGCAAUGGAGCCCAGGGCAAAAUGCUGCCUGUUGGGAGGGCUGUGGCUGGCAGCACAGAGGGAGCAGCGGCAGCAGGACUGCCAUUGGUCAUGCUGCCCCGUCCAGCCCCAUCCGUGCCACGGCAGCGUGUCCAUGCCGUGUGUGUAGCAGUGAGUACUAUGUCAUCGUAGACCCAGUCAAUGUCUAAUGUAGCAGAGAGGUGCCCUGUAGCACAGUGCCUAGGAGGUGUCACAGCACCUUGAAUAAAUGAAGCGUGGAAUUUUACCCUACUGGAGUCAUGUUGUCCGUGGUUAUCUCUGCUCUGGGCACGGACAAGCCAAAGCCUGUCAGGAAGCUCCUUCCCAAGGGAAAGCCUAGUGAGCCCUUCCUUGGUGGGACCCUGUGCUGUGGGGCAGGGAUGGCUUGUGCUGCUUUUCCUACUGCCAGGGUAAGGAGAGCAAUGUGAUGUUGAGAUCUGGCUCUCCUUUUGGAGAGGGAGAGUUAAGCAACAGCUGCUCUGUCUUGGCACAGCCUUGCUCUGCUCAGCCUCUCCUGUGGUCAAAGGCACUGCAGGGGGUGAAGGCAGCAGCAGAAGGGCUUUGUUAGAGGGAGCUGGGGUGCAAGAAAGGGCAGGGAAUGGUGAGAGCCGCCAGGAUGCUGAGAAAUGAGAUGCCUGAUGAUGCUGAGGCUCCUGGGCCCCUUUUAGCACUGCAGUGAUGUCUCAAAGGAUGGAACAUGUCUGGUGACCCAGUGAGUUGAUCCGGCUGUGUUUGGCUGCUCUGGACAGGAGCAUCACAUCUCCUGCUUACCCAAGACAGGAAGGAAGGUAAGUUCUGUACCGUGGUGGCUGCAGGUGAUGUUUGGUGGUGCACAGCAAGGCUGGUGGGGAGGUGACACCCCAAUGGCCCAGUGCUGUGGGCUCACCUGAGCCUCAUUGGUCUUGACUCUAUCCAGAGUCAUGCACCCCAAAGCAGAGAGCAGCAGUAGCAGAUGAGACGAUGCAGGUGAGAUUAGAUCUUUCACUGAUACGACAUUGGAAAGAUCUCAUAGAUCUGUGUAAAUAUCAAGUGCUGACCUUUUGUAGAAGACAGCAGAGUGCCGGAGGGAUGGGAGGCUGAAUCCCAGCAGAGUGUGGCAGCACACAGCACGUGCUGGGGCAGACAGGCUGCCCCAUCUGCCGGGGGCAGCAAGUGUGUGUCCUGACAUGUCCUGUGGCCAUUUGCCUGUGCUUUGGGAGGAACAUCCUGGGAUACCUGAGCUGUCAGUACCUUGGCUGAAACCAUCCCUUGCAUCUGCCUCUGGAGUUGCCAUAGAAACCACCACUGUGCCAGAGCCAUCAUCAACAGAGAGCCCCAAAUUAGUGAUCGAGCUCUUGGCAGCUGAGGGAUGUGCCAGCAGAUGGAGAAGCACUGAACCAGGAUCUCAUCCGAAUGAGGGGAGGAUAGCAGCCAGGACAGUGGCAAAGGAUAUCUCAGGAUGGAAGGAGAUAUUCAAGCAAAGGGAUGAUGAUCCCGACCGCCCAUGCAGCCUGACAUGUCAUUAACUGAAGAGCUCCUGUCAGUUUCUAACAAAAUGCACUACGGAGAAAAAAAGUUGAGGAACAUACCAAAUAUAUUACUGUCUAUCUCCUGGCAGCUUCUGCUAAUUUUUACUAAAUGAAAAGCUUCACUUAUCUGGCCACACUCCCUAACGCUAGAAGCACAGUCUGUUACUUCAGA